AUGGACUUGCUACCCUACGAUACCGACAUACCGUGCUUUCCAAGAAAGACAACUGAUGCAUCCUGUGACGGCCUGAUAUGCCUCUACAAUACCUAUGCUUGGAAUAUUGUUGUUAAUCCCACCACUCGAUGGCAUCGAGAAUUCCCUCUUUCUACCUUUCAACGACUCGAUCGUUAUGAACACCAGGUCGGUUCAGUAUCAUGGGCUAAGCUUGGAUUCGGUAAAGACAAAAUCAAUGGCACAUACAAGCCAGUUUGGUUAUAUAAUUCUGCUGAAUUAGGCGGCCUUAACGAUGACGACGAGGACUACGACGACAUUAGUAUUAUUUGUCAAGGCAACAACAACACUAGUACUUUUUGUCAAGUUUUUGAUUUUACCACCAAGGCUUGGAGGUUUGUUGUCCCGGCGUCCCCCUACCGGAUACUUCCUUACCAAGAUCCUGUAUAUGUAGAUGGGUCACUUCAUUGGCUCACCACCAAUGUUUUGUCUUUCGAUCUUCAUACCGAAACUUUCCAAGUCGUGUCUAAAGCUCCCUUUCUCCACCACCACGACUACUCUAGUAGAGAGUUGAUCAUGUGCAACCUUGAUGAUCGUUUGUGCGUAUCAGAAAAAAUGUGGCCCAACCAAGUGAUAUGGUCGUUGGAUUCAGAUCACAAGACAUGGAAGGAAAUAUAUUCCAUAGAUCUCAAUAUAACUUCUUCUUUGUUUGGGAGUAAUGGAUUCGCACUCAGACCACUAGCAGUUUUUGACAAAGACAAGUUAUUGUUUUGUGAACCUGAAUACGGGGAUCAAUUGCUAACACAUGAUCCCAAAACAAAAUCUUAUGAAUUUGAUUACAGAUUUUUUUCCCCUACUACUGCACUCCCUCUUUGUUAUUUCCAGAGUUUAAUCUCUAUUUUGUAA